GUACCGUUGUUCAUCAUUUAUUCGUCCAAAAAUAUAUGUUUCUGCUCCAAAGGGGGUCUCAUUUCCGGCCAGUUCCGGUGGUACAGCUGUUUGGUGAACACUUGCUGGCUCGCAGAUUGCUGGUGUAAUCGGUAUUCGGAUUCUGGAAACCCGCCUGAACACUGAAAGAAACAAUUAAGAUUAUGGACACUGGCCGAUUAUGUCGGUGAGCCACGCAGUGGAAGAAAAAAAAACAACAAACGUGCAUGAAUGAAAAUCUUUCGACGGUAGUUUACCCUGAACCUAAAAUAAGUGUGUGUGGCCGUGCAUUUGAAUCACAAAGAAUGGGAAAAACUGCAGACGGUUGCCGGAAAACUGCUCCGAAAAAUGGAUUUCAAACGUUUCACGCUGCCUUCGCGAAGUUUGAAGGACCCAGCGCGGGUAAGCGCCGGGUCGACAAAUCGCUCACCAUGCUGACGAACUGUAUUGUGAAAAUGCUCCGCAGUGCUCCAGAUGGGUUGCUGUAUCUUGGUGAUCUAUCCAAAACCGUGUCUGCUCGACAAAAGCGUCGAAUCUACGAUGUAACGAACGUCCUGGAAGGCAUCGGGCUGGUCGUGAAGCAAGGCAAAAAUCACAUCAAAUGGAUAGGUUCAGAGCAGACGUCGGAAUCGUGCCGCGACACUGCCAAAGUGAUAGGGAUUCAGUACAAGGAGCGCCGCAAUCUGGAGCUGCGUGACACUUGGUUGGACGCGAAAAUUAAGUGCAUGCAGAAAAGCAUCAAGAUCAUGCUAAACGACGAAGCAAGCCGUUCAUACCUGUACGUGACCAGCGACGAUCUCUCGACGACGAUGGACUGCAACCGAAGGCUUUUGGUGCUCUGCGAGUCACCCGAUGCCGACCCAUGCACCCAACGUUCCGUACCGACCGACGAUCACUGGGACGCCGCCCGGCGGUUAAAGUACACGAUGGAACCGAUUUCGUACGCACGCAUGAACCGUCGGCUGGAGGUACGUGCGAACCGUGGUGGACCACCGAUCGAUCUGAUGGUGCUGAAGAAUCCGGCCGGCGCUUGCUUCACCCGGCCGAGCCGUCGGCCCGCGGUAUUGGGCAGGUCGCCUAACACGUACACAAAGCUACCGGAGCAAACCAUUGACUGUGGGAAAUGUGCAAUAGAGGGAAAGGGGCAACCGUCGCUCGAUCCUUCCAAUGUAGGGGAAUCAGGAAAUAGCAAUACCGCAGCAGACUCGAAAGCGAACGACUCUACGAACAGUGAUAAAGCUGUGGAUAAUGACGAUAUUGAUGAUGGAGGAGUGCGUAAGAAUCGUGAUCAGCUUGCUAGGAUUCUGCUCGAUGAUGGAGACGACAACGACCACAACCACCAUCGGUACAGCCUCUAUCGGCCGAAGGGAUGGAUCGAUAAGAAGAAUGAAACGCGCGGUCUGCGGAUGCCGUUCCUACUCGUCGAACCCCCGUACUAUGGAAGCUAUCAUUUUACCCUUGGUCCAAACGAAGGCAUCUUCGAUCUGUUCGAUUGUGAUGACGUAACCCACGGUGAUUGCCACUCGAAGGCCGUGCGGCUCGAAGGCUGCGGCUUACCAAAAAUCGUCGACUAUUGCGAAUAAUGGAGACAGUAGACGAAUGCUAUCGUAUCGUAUCGGACUGCCAACAUUUCAAGGUUUUCAUAUUAAAUUAUAUUAUUCUUUUUUGCGCGUGCUCGACUUCCAACUCGACAACAAAGAGAAUAACUCAUACUAAACUAAGCUUAAAAGACGAACAAAGAAUAGAGCGCAGGGAAAAUGAUAAACAACAGUAGGCUAUUCUAAAAAGAAUUUAUUUUUACUCACUUCUUUACUUGACCGUCUCGGCCGUCUAUCGUAUCGGUAAUUUAGUUCGUCAUUCGGCGUACGUUUUCUGGUACGAGUUUCUUCUCGUUUCUUCAUCUAUAGAUUUUUAAAUGAAAAUAUUUAACAAAUUUUUUUAACUAUAAUCCUUGUUCGAAAAAUAUAACAAUAACGAGUACCAGAUCACGCGUCUAGGUUUAAAAAGAUCGCUAACGAUCAAGCGAGUAAUUGAACAUAGCCGGAAGGUAGUAAUAAUUUUUUAGUAAAUGAAGAUCCUUAACUUAAACGAUAGAUAGUCACAAAACGGAGCGAGUGAGCGAGAUUGUAAGUCAAUAAAAUCCAAUUCUGGC